CUCCCAGAAGGCCUGGGCUUCCCUGGAGCAGCUCCUGUCCCCUGCAGCCUCUCCCCAGAGCCACAGCAGAGGGCAGGCGCCCCCCGGGGCCCUGCCCCACAGCACCAUGAUGGGGAAACUCCCCUUGGGGGUUGUCUCCCCUUAUGUGAAGAUGAGUUCAGGGGGCUGCACGGAUCCCCUGAAAUUCUAUGCCACUAGCUACUGCACCGCCUACGGUCGGGAGGAGUUCAGGCCCCGCAUGGGCAGCCACGAAGGCACAAGCUACAGAUCCAAUUACCGGCCCGUGGUCUCUUACCACGCCAACCUCGAUGCCCUGGACAACCCAGCCAUGGGGGAACAAGUCCGCCACAAUUUCCAGUCAGUGACCAAUCAGAGCUACCGCCCCCUGGAGGUGCCUGAUGGCAAGUACCCACUGCCUUGGAACGUGCAUCAGACCAGCUCUGGCUACUCGCGGGAGAAGCCCAGUGUGGCGACCCCCACUAAGGAGGUCAGGAAAGUCCAUUUUGACCCCCAGGACUAUGGGCCGCAGGCCAUCACAGGGCUGGAGCCCGAGGACGUGCCCCUGCUCCACCAGCUGCAGGGCAAGGGCUCGAUGGAGUGGGAGAACGCCCGGCAUGACCCGCGCUUCAUGACCUAUGAGUACAAUUCCAAGUAUUUCAAGGAGCCUUCAAACCAG